AUGGGAAAGGGGAACGUGAGGUUGAUCAACCAAGGUCCAUACGUGAUGCUAGACAAUGAUUUGGUGAGGCUCACACUAUUGAAACCUCAAGGGUAUUUAACAGGGAUUAAGUAUGGAGGAAUGGAUAACAUUCUUGAUCUUCAAUCAAAUGAAUCUAAUAGAGGAUAUUGGGACAUGAACUGGAACUUGCCAGGAGGAAAGGACAGAUAUCAAUCGGUAAAUGGAGCUGAAUAUAGUGUGAUUUAUAAUAGUAAUGACAAGUUAGAGAUUUCAUUUAGGAGUACUUACGAUCCUUCAAAUAAAGGCACCAAACUGCCUCUCAGUAUUGACAUAAGAUACAUAUUGAGUAGUGGUGUUUCAGGAUUCCACUGCUAUGCAAUCUACGAGCGUCCGGCAGGAUCUCCUGCUUUUGAUCUUGUUCAGACAAGGAUGGUCUUUAAGUUGCGACGCGAUAAGUUUCAUUACAUGGCAAUCAGUGAUGAAAAGCAAAGGGUAAUGCCGAUGCCUGAAGAUCUACUUCCAGGUAGUGGAAAGCAGCUAAUUGUGCCUGAGUCUGUUCUUUUGGUGAAUCCCAUUAAUCCUGAUCUUAAAGGAGAGGUUGAUGACAAGUACCAGUAUUCAAUGGACAAUAAAGAUGGUGGAGUCCAUGGAUGGAUUGGUUCUGGCCCCGUUAUUGGAUUCUGGGUCAUCUUCCCUAGUCAUGAAUUUCGAAAUGGUGGUCCUACUAAGCAAAAUCUUACUGUGCAUACUGGUCCAACUUGCCUAGCUAUGUUUCAUGGAACUCACUAUAUCGGAGAUGAUAUAGUAGCUCAAUUUGAAGAGGGUGAGGCAUGGAGGAAGGUUUUUGGCCCCUUCUUUGUGUACCUUAAUUCAACCUCGAAUGUUUCAGAUGCGUACAAUUUAUGGAUUGAUGCUAAAAAACAGAGGCUGCUUGAGGAGGCAACAUGGCCAUAUGAAUUUGUGUCAUCGCCUUACUACCUUAAUGCUAAAGAACGCGGUUCUGCUACAGGAAGACUCUUUGUCCAAGAAAGGUUUGUUUCCGAGUCUCUGAUACCAGCUAAAAAUGCACAUGCUGGUCUAUCAACUGCAAGAGCUCAAGGAGCCUGGCAAACAGAAAGCAAGGACUAUCAAUUCUGGGUUCAAACAGAUUCAAAUGGAAAUUUCACCAUCAAGAAUGUUAUUCCUGGGGUGUAUGGAUUCCAUGGCUGGGUUCCUGGUUUCAUCGGUGACUUCCUAGACAAUACACUUGUUACCAUCUCUGAAGGAUCAGAAACACAACUUGGAAAUUUGACAUAUGUUCCCCUCAGAGACGGGCCAACAAUAUGGGAAAUUGGCUUCCCUGAUCGUACAGUUAUCGGUUUCUAUGUUCCUGAUGUCAAUCCCAUGUAUGUGAACAAGCUAUUUGUCAACAGCCCUGAAAAGUUCAGGCAAUAUGGAUUGUGGGACAGAUACACAGAUGUGCAUCCUGAAUCUGACCAGACUUUCACAAUAGGCAUCAGUGAUCCAAAAAAAGAUUGGUUCUUCGCUCAUGUAGACAGAAGGGUAGCAGAUAAGUAUAUUCCAUCAACAUGGACAAUUAAAUUUCUUCUCAACUCAAUAAAAAAUGGGAUUUACAAGCUGAGAUUGGCCAUCGCCUCAGCAAACCGUUCUGACCUCCAGGUGUAUCUCAAUGAUAUGGAUAAAGAACACAUGGUCUUUCAAGUGAUGAAUUUGGGAGCAGAGAAUGCAGUUUGUCGGCAUGGAAUUCAUGGAUUAUAUCGGCUAUUUAGCAUUGAUAUUCCCUCAUCUUUAUUAUUAAAUGGAGAUAACUCCAUGUUUCUAGUACAGGCCAGAGGUGGAGAUGCACUUUGUGGAAUUUUCUAUGAUUAUUUAAGGCUAGAAGCUCCUGCAUCUCCAGCAAAUUCAAAGCAGCGGGAAGAACUAGAAUCAUUUCUGUUUGACUCUCAUGUUUAA